AGUUUCACUCUGCUUCCUGAAGACCUCAGCCCAUCUCCCAUAAAGCCAUGGCUUGCCUUGGAGUUCGGAGGCACAGGGAUUGGCUGAAUUUGGUGUUCAGGAACUGGCUCUACACUGCCCUGUUUUCACUUCUGUUCGUCCCUAUUCUCUCUAAAGCCAUGCAUGUGGUCCAGCCGGAAGUGGUACUGGCUAGCAUCCAAGGUGUCGCCAGCUUUUUGUGUGAGUACUCAUCUCUACACAAUGCCUCUGAGGUCCGGGUGACAGUGCUGAGACAGACCAACAGCCAGAUGACUGAGGUCUGUGCCACAACGUACACAGUGGAAAAUGAGUUGGCCUUCCUAGACCCCACCUGCUCGGGGACGUCCAGUGGAAAUAAACUGAACCUCACCAUCCAAGGUUUGAGGGCCACAGACAUGGGACUCUACAUCUGCAAGGUGGAGCUCAUGUACCCACCACCAUACUAUGUGGGCAUGGGCAACGGAACCCAGAUUUAUGUCAUUGAUCCAGAGCCAUGUCCAGAUCCUGAUUUCCUCCUUUGGAUCCUGGCAGCAGUUAGUUCCGGGUUGUUUUUUUAUAGCUUCCUAAUCACAGCUGUUUCUUUGAGCAAAAUGUUAAAGAAAAGAAGCCCUCUUACAACAGGAGUCUAUGUGAAAAUGCCCCCCACAGAGCCAGAGUGUGAAAAGCAAUUUCAGCCUUAUUUUAUUCCCAUCAACUGAGAGACCAUUGUGAAGAACAAAGAUCAUGUUGACAUUUCCAGGAGUUGAGGCAAUUCUAACGUUUGUGCUAAAUGCAUCUAUUUCAUUUGCUUGUAUAUUUUGGGAGGGAACUUGUCUCUUUUUAAUAUAAAGCUAGAUGCAGGACUCAAAUUAAACAUACUGCAAAUUAAAGGACCAGGAAAGCAGAGCCAGGAUUUUUCUGUCACAGCAGAUUCAAUUUCAGUAAAAGCAUCAUUUGUGAACAGGAGGAGGAUGAAGCAUUAUGAUGUGGGGGUAAAGGAAAUAAGUUAGGAAAUGAUGCAAUCCAAAGUGAAGAAAGGGGAGAAGAGAGAAAAUACUUUAUUUGUACACACCUUGUAUUUAGCCGUGAGAUGUUUAUUGCUAAAACAAUCCUUUACGUUUUCGUUCGAUUUCUUUUGUUCACUUUAAUUGACAUUUUAUGUCUUUUAUGUCAAUUUACUUUUAAAUGUAUUUUGAUGUUAUUUUACAUUUCUAGCAAAUGUAUAAUUACAUGAAGAUUUAAAAAAAAUAGUCACCUGGCUAUUUCAGCCAGUGAUUCCAAAGCUUGUAUUGUACCAAUAUGUAUUAAUAAUAUUAUUAUGUUUUGAUGGAACUGAGGAUUGAGCCAUGUAUCCCUCCAACCCAUAGCCCCUUUAGUUUUAAUUUGUUUUCCCAGCCCUCUAUCCACAAUCCUCCUACCUCUGUCUCCUGA